CUCAGACGGAGCGCGAUGGCGGCGGAGCCGGGCCGGGCCGAGGCGGAGGCCCUUGGCGAGGCCGAGGCGGAGGCCGAGGAGGAGGCCUCGUCUGCUGCCGCCGCCGCGUCCCCGACCCGCCGCCUGGCGCCGCCGCCGCCGGCCUCCUGGCUGUCGCCGGAGGUCGGCCUGGCGGCGGGUCUGGGCCGGCGCUUCCCGGCGGGUCUGGAGGUGCUGGACGUGAGCGGGACGGGGCUGGCGGCGCUGGGCGCGGAGCUGCUGGAGCUGCCGCGGCUCCACACGCUGCUGGCCAAGAACAACCGGCUGGGCGCCGAGGGCUCGCUGCCCAAGGGCCUGGCCGGCGCCCCGCUCGCCCGCAGCCUGCGCGUCCUCAACCUCAGCGGCAACCGCUUCACGCGAGUGCCCGGCGCGCUGCUGGGCCUGCGCCGCCUCCGGAGCCUCAGCCUGGGCAGCAACCGCCUCCAGGGCAUCCCGCCCGCCAUCCAGCAGCUCAGCAGUUUGGAGUUUUUGUACCUCGGAGGAAACUUCAUUACUUCGAUUCCACCAGAGUUGGCUAAUCUGCCUUUACUCAAUUACCUAGUCCUGUGUGAUAACAAGAUACAGAGUAUUCCCCCUCAGUUGGCACAGUUGCAUUCCUUGCGCUCCCUUAGCCUCCACAAUAACCUGCUGACAUACCUUCCUCGGGAAAUCCUCAAUCUGGUUCAUCUUGAAGAACUGAGUUUGCGUGGGAACCCAUUGGUUGUACGAUUUGUCCGUGACUUGACCUACAAUCCUCCAAGUCUCCAGGAACUGGCUGGACGCACCAUUAAAACCCGCAAUGUUCCUUAUGUUCCUAGUGACCUCCCUGGGAAUCUCCUCCGCUAUUUGAGCCUGGCCAGCAACUGCCCCAACCCUAAAUGUGGAGGAGUCUAUUUUGACAGCUGUGUCCGACAAAUCAAAUUUGUGGACUUCUGUGGGAAGUACCGCCUUCCUCUGAUGCACUACCUGUGUUCACCAGAGUGCUCUUCCCCCUGCAGUUCUGCAUCUCAGAGUUCGACUUCCCAGAGUGAGUCCGAUUCAGAAGACGAAGCCAUUGUUGCAGCGCGCAGGAUGCAAAAAGUUCUUCUUGGCUAGGAGAAGGAAGGAAAAGACUAGAUGCGAAUCGUGUUAAGAAAAGCAGUUGUGGAACUACGGUGUCUGCUGCUGUGCGAGAGACAUCCAAGGAACCUUACCUUGACCUGUCUCUACUUUGUGGCUCAUAGAAAUGUGGGUGGCCAAACAGAAUAGUUUGGGCCGUGUGUCCUGAGAGGCUAAAGUUACUUCGUGCAUUUGGGUGGAAAUUGACACAGGAACCUUUGAAGGUAAUGCUAUUGGGGAAAUAAUUCUAGGGUUAGAUAUUUCAGGACUUUUUGGCACUGGGGACCAGUUAAAAGGGUGCUUUGAGUACUUCAGUACUGAGACUAAGGAUGAAGUAGACUGAUCUUUGUCACUGUGAUAAAACAAAUAACAAUAUGAUAGUGCAGGAUGGAAAGAGUGCUAGCAUCUGCAUCUGCCAUACUUGAACAUCUCUCUCUCUCAAUGGAGGUGCUUGGUCUUUAUUUUUAACAACAUUCCUCCAAAGUACAGAAAUAUCUUAAUUUUGAUACUGCUUUGGCUGGGUUCACUGCCUAUAACCAGGUCUUCUGCUCUGUUAACAGAACUAUGCUUUUCUUUAUAUUACAUUGCUUUGCACUACAGCAUUAGUGCCUUCUUUGGACUUUCUCCUUUUUGUUACAGUUGCUACAUCACUGUCUGUGAUAAUUUGUGGUCCAAGAAUUACCUGCCCUGGUCUAAGUCCAUCUGAAGCAAAAGUGUAACUAACUAGUAAAUUGCAAACUAAUCCUUUACUUCCAACUUGGUUCUUACACACACAAGUGCCAUUCUUUUAAGAAUUUUAUGCUUUCGACAAUAUUUGCUCAAAGAGCAUAGCUACGUCGUAAACUUCGGUGGUUACAAUAAUAUGAUGCCUUGCAGCUAUAUCACUCUGAAGAGUCAGGCGUUUCUACCAAUACUACAAUGUUCCCUGUUCCCUUCAAGGCAAAGGUUUUUUAUGUCAUACACUUGACCCUUCUCUCCUUCUUGCAACUCAGUUUGCCUUUCUCAUAUUAGUUUUGGCUUCCUGUGGAUUUUGCCCACUUCUGUGCUUAUCUGUCACUGUUGGAGAUUCUAUCAUGUACAGUAGGCAAGUGUCUAGCCUCUGCAGAAGAUUUUUUUAAAGUAUUUUUUUUUUAAUUCUACAGAAUAAGAGACAGAUAGGAAUUUUCAUUGAUCACUAGAGAUAUCAAUAGCUCUAACAGUUGCCAACGUCACACAGCACUCCGUUUCAAUAGAUCUGUAAAUUCAAAGGAUGUGCUGCUCCUCUCAGGUGACAGGUGUUUUCACACACCUUUUACCUGUUUCUGUCACUUGUUUUUGUUGAAGAUCCACAGUGACCUUUCUCAAGAUUUUCUGCUUUGCUGCGCAGAGAGUUCAUUUUUUGAACAAUGAAUUUAGUAUUGUGGGCUAAUGCUGAGAAAAGUUAUCUAUUUGCAAUGGAAACACUGUUUUGAGGAAUUACAUUUGGAUUGGGAUACUGGGGCUUGGAGAAGAAAUCACAUCUAGAAAAGCCCUUAGCACAGAGCAGUUGGGUGAGAAGGGAAUCCUCCUACUGCUCCUGUAGACAGGGCUAUUAGGAAGAGUCUCAAGAGGCUAGUGCUAGUGAUAAAGUUUGGAUCUGCAUGCAGUUCUGUUUCUACCCAUCUCUUGACAUUCCUGUGUCUAGAGAAAGCUUUGUUUAGAAUGGAUAGAUCUAUGGAGGAACAUGAACACACUUAGCAGAGUGGAUGCUUGCGGGCUCUUGAGUAUGGAAUAAUAUUCAUUCUUUCCUAGAAUUUCCCAGUGCACUGAUCCUUCUCCAUACUGAUGUUGGAAGUGUUCUCUUGGAGAUGACCCACAAAUGCUCAUUCUUAUAAUAACGUAAAUUGCUAUUCUUUCUAGCUGAAGAAUGAGCAUUUUCCCUUUUCUGUUUUGAUAUUUGACAGCAGUAAAUCUGACCUCCACCACCCCACUUCCACUCCCAUUUCCCUGCUUCAUUUAGCCUUCGAUUCCAUGGUGGGGAAAAGGCAGGAUAUACGUAUUAGAAAAUAAAUCAAAUCACCCUACUUCUAGUUCAAUAACAUACAGUGAAAACCCCCCACAACUUCAUAGCAGCGAUACCAAAUUAAAUCUUGUCGCUUGAGCCAUGAAUUGUCAGCGUAUUUCCUUAUUAGUGGUUCUUAUGUAGGAUUGAAUCUGUGAAUAAAUGAAGUAAAAAAAAGGUUUGAUACUUACUGUCAGCCCCACCCAGGUGCACUUCUUACCUCCAGUCUAUCUUGAUGAAUUUUCUAGCAUCUUUGAAAAUAAGUAUAGAGAGUAUAUACUUUCCUUUCCAACCCUUAAUAUGUGAGAUAUUCUGAUUGGUGUUCAGAAUACUAGCUAAAGCUGCUGUUUUUAUGAAUCUUCACUACCAAACAGGCAUUUUUAGCCUUCAUCAAAGCAUUCUCAUUGCUUUAGCUACUAUUCUCAUUUCAGCUAACCCUGAAAGUGAGUAAAUAAUUCCAUUUUUCCUGCUGUUUCUUCCUCCUGCCAUCUCUUUAGCCAAAAAAACAACAGAUGGGCUGUUUGUAAAUGCAAGUGUAAUGUUUUAAGAUCAGUAGGGAAGGCUUUGAGGAUAAAAUAGCUACUUGACUGGAAGCAAUUUCUACAGUUUCCAGUCUUCCUGCUUCUCUCUCUGGUUAGGAUUUGCAGGAUUUGUAGAAUCUUUCAGUAUCCCUUCAAAGGUACUCAGGCACUUUCUCAUGGGGCUCUGAAUGGCCUUCCUGAUCUUUUUCUCUUUUUACUGAAAGCUUAUUUGGAUCGCUUGGCAAGGGGGAGAUCUUGGUCCUCUUUAGUUAGUGGCAAUGAAUGGGAGGGAUUUAACCGAAGGGAAGUAAUGAAACUUAAUCCUUACAGUGCUGCUUUGUUACUGACUUCAAAGAGUCAUUUUAAUCAUCUUAAACUGCACCAGUAAGAUGUGUUUUUCACUGCUUGAAAAAGCUCCUUGGACACUUCAAACAGAUGAGCUGGAGCCUGGUGUGGUUUGAAAAUAAUUUCCAUCUUCAAAAAACUUUCCAGUCAAACUACGUUGCUUGUUUAUCUAGCAUGCUUGAUUGCACAGUGAACUCUGAUCCGGAGUUUUCACCUAAUUCUCUCGUUAAAUGUAAUCAUGUGCCUUAUAUUUGCUUUACCAAGUUUUAAGGGUGCCUUGUGUUUGUAUAACUUCACUUUGCUAGAUUUGCAAAGUUCUGUAUUUCUAAAAGUAUGUCAUUAUGAAUUGUUAAGGAGCUUUUGAACACUAAAUCAAAUAAUUAUUUAAAACUUG